GCUCGUGCUCGGCGAGAUGGAACGUGCAGCAGCAGGCGCAGAGUUCAACAUCCUGCUCGCCACCGACUCCUACAAGGUUACACAUUAUAAGCAAUAUCCACCUAAUACAAGCAAAGUUUAUUCCUACUUUGAAUGUCGUGAAAAGAAGACUGAGAACUCCAGAUUAAAGAAGGUGAAAUAUGAGGAAACAGUUUUUUACGGGUUGCAGUACAUUCUAAAUAAGUAUUUAAAAGGCAAAGUGAUAACCAAAGAGAAAAUCCAGGAAGCCAAAGAGGUGUACAGGGAGCAUUUUCAAGAUGAUGUCUUCAAUGAAAAGGGAUGGAACUAUAUUCUUGAGAAGUAUGAAGGGCAUCUUCCAAUAGAAGUAAAGGCUGUUCCUGAAGGCUCAGUCAUUCCCAGAGGAAAUGUACUCUUCACAGUAGAAAACAUGGAUCCAGAGUGCUAUUGGCUCACUAACUGGGUUGAGACUAUUCUUGUUCAGUCAUGGUAUCCAAUCACAGUGGCCACAAAUUCCAGGGAGCAGAAGAAAAUUUUGGCAAAGUAUUUGCUAGAGACAUCUGGCAGCUUAGAAGGACUGGAGUAUAAACUACAUGACUUUGGCUACAGAGGAGUUUCUUCACAAGAGACAGCAGGAAUAGGAGCAUCUGCUCACUUGGUAAACUUUAAAGGAACUGACACAGUAGCAGGAAUUGCUUUAAUUAAAAAGUACUAUGGAACGAAAGACCCUGUUCCAGGAUAUUCUAUUCCAGCUGCUGAACACAGUACCAUAACCGCUUGGGGGAAAGACCAUGAGAAAGAUGCUUUUGAACACAUAGUGACGCAGUUUUCUUCAGUGCCUGUGUCUGUGGUCAGUGACAGCUAUGACAUCUACAAUGCUUGUGAGAAAAUAUGGGGUGAGGACUUGAGGCAUUUAAUUGUAUCCAGAAGUCCAAAGGCACCGCUGAUUAUUAGACCAGAUUCUGGAAAUCCUCUUGACACUCUGUUAAAGGUUUUGGAGAUUUUAGGAAAGAAGUUUCCUGUUGUAGAAAAUGCAAAAGGCUACAAGGUGUUGCCCCCUUAUAUCAGAGUGAUUCAGGGGGAUGGUGUGGAUGUCAACACGCUGCAAGAGGAGAUACUGGUAGCACAGAUUGUGGAGGGAAUGAAGAAGAAUAAAUGGAGUAUUGAAAAUGUUUCCUUCGGAUCUGGUGGAGCUUUGCUGCAGAAAUUAACUAGGGAUCUCUUGAAUUGUUCCUUCAAAUGCAGUUAUGUGGUGACCAAUGGCCUUGGGGUGAAUGUCUUUAAGGAUCCAGUAGCAGAUCCUAACAAAAGGUCAAAGAAAGGUCGACUCUCUUUACAUAGGACACCCAGUGGAGAUUUUGUUACGUUAGAAGAAGGCAAGGGGGAUCUUGAAGAAUAUGGUCAUGAUCUCCUUCAUACGGUCUUCAAGAACGGAAAGGUAAUGAAGUCUUACUCGUUUGACGAAGUAAGGAAAAAUGCCAGACUGAAGGACAGUGAACUAGAAGUGGCACCUCAUUAUGUUUAAUUCCGUGUCUCUCUGUGUAAUGAGUAUGUACUGCAUAGCUAACGAGUUUGUUGUACAGAUCUGUGUGUUUGUGUUUUAUGAUACAUUAUAGCCAAAUUAUUUGUUGGUUUAUGGACAUACUGCCUUUUUUCUUUCCUUUUUUGCACCAGUCUUUAGAAAAGAUGAAAUUAGGAAAUGGUCCUUACAAUGUAAAAUCUAUUUCAUGCUAAAGUGUGCUUUUUAGGGCCCUUUGCCAGUAGUGAUUCAAUCUGGUAUUGAUCUUUUCACAAAUGAGACAGAACAGAGUAACAUUUUUAUACGGAACAGAAUAUCACAAAAUGGAUUUACAUAAAAUUAUCACGCUUACUUUGUUUAUAUUUAACUUGUAUUUUUGUACAAACAAGAUUGUGUAAAAUAUAUUUAAAGUUUCAAUAAUUAAGUCUCCAACUAUUCAUGAUCUUUAUGACCACAGACUUCCAAGAAAAUAUUUUGGAGGAAAAAUCAUUGCCAUUUGUCCAUUAAUCAGCAAAUAAACAUGGUCUUAAAGUUUCUUGUGACAUUGUACCAUUUGAAGGUUAAAUCAGGACUUGUACCUACUUAAGACCCAUAGAAUUGCUGACCUCACUGUUCCUUAUAGUUAUCUGUAGUAGUCAUUCUACAUUAAAGAAAAUUACUGUUCUUGCUGGAAUCUUUAGGUACUAUAAGCAUAUAGGCCUUGCUAGCAGUGUAUGGUAUGUAAAUGGAAUGCCAAAUUUGAAAGAAUUCUCUACUGCAGCUUGUCUCUUGUCAAGUAUAGUCCACUUGGCAUAUGCACCUCAAUAUUUUAAGAGUAAAGUUUUUAAGAGAGAUCCUCUUCCACUACAGAAUAUACGUGUAAAAUACUGAUAAAUAUGGAAGCGGUGUAUUUUAAAGUGAUUAUACUUAUGGGUUUAUUUUUCAUAUAUUGUAAGUGACAUGACUUUAAAGUGAAAUACUGGACUGGGUAGUGCACUUUUUUACUUUUUGUAUUUUUUUCAUUGAUUUGCCUUUUAUCAGACUGGAUGUUAAAUUGUAUAAAUAUGUUUAACUAUUUUUUGUUAAACAACUUUAAUAAAAUAUUACGCUAGACAAACUCCUUUUACGUGAAUCCCCCCAGGGGGGACAUGAUACAGAGGGAUAAUUAUGAAAACAAAAGAUAUGAAAGGUACUUUUUAGUCAGCUGUGCUUGAUUUUAUUCACUCUCUGCAUAUGCUUGCUUGAACACCUGCAAGAGGACAAAACUGUCAAUGAUUUUGUUUGACAAACCAUAGCAAGUUUUCAGAUGUUUGUACUGUAGGGUGGCUCUUAACGAAAAAAUGAAUGCUUCCUUUUUUUAGAAAAGCAAUGGUUUCUGU